AUGUUAGAUGAUGUAAAAUCAUUUAUUGGAUACAUCGAAGCAAAUGGUUUGGAUUUAUAUCAAAUGCCUGUUAAUGAAUCUUGUCCCAGUAUCAAUAUAGCCAGCUGUUCAUUACUCGACUUAUGUUGUUUCUAUGGUGCAGUGGGUUGUUACAAGUUUUUAAGAACAAAAUACAACUUCAUGAUAGGUGAAACAAGUCUUCAUUGUGCGUUUUUGGGCGGUAAGCCAGAUAUCAUGAAUGAAUGUUUAAAGGUUAUUAAGCCAGAUCAGGCUUGCAUGGAAUAUGCAAUCAUGUCUCACAACAUCGAUUUUGUUUCCUUUUUGAUGAAUGAAUACAGACUUAAAAUUGAUUUGAAUUGGUGUUGCAAAUACAAAAAUCUUCAAGCAUUCUUAGUUUAUUUGGAUUACACUCAAGACAUCACUAAUUGUUUCCUUUACUCUCCAUGCUUUAACAUUCCUGCACUAUGUGAGUAUUUCAUGUCUCAUGGAUUUGAUAUCAGAACAAAGAAUGAGAAUGGAAGUACUGUCAUGCAUUUUGCUUCAUAUUUCAAUUGUAAAGAUAUUCUUGGGUUCCUCAUAUCUCAUGGUGGGAAGGUAAACGAAAAGUCUAAUUAUAAAAAGACACUUCUCCAUCUUGCAGCUAAAAACAAUUGCAUGGAAGUUAUAAAACUUCUUAUCUCCCAUGGUGCGCGUGUCAAUGCGAAAGAUCUAAAUCGAUACACUCCGCUUCACUAUGCUAUAGAAAACAAUAAUAAGGAUGCAGUUGAAUAUUUAGUAAAUCAUGGAGCAAGCCUCGAUGGUAAAACCGUUUCCAAGACUGCCCUUCAUAUAGCAGUUCUUAAUGGUUCCAUUGAUAUGGUUGAGUUUCUGCUUUCACUUGGGGCUGACAUAAACAUUAAGGACAAAAAGGGUCGAACAGUCUUAUGGAUUGCAGCCCAAAAAAAUAGCCAACGCUUGAUUGACUUUCUCAUUUCAAGAGGUUCGAAUCUUGAUGUUAUUGUUAACGGAGAAAGUCUUCUUGUCUAUGCAAUCAACCAUUUUCAGGAUGAGUUAUCGAACAAACUUAUCGAUCAUCAUGCAGAUCUCUCUAUAAGAGAUCAUUAUGGCCGAACAGCUUUAGAUUAUGCUGUUUCCUUUGAAAAUAAAGUUAUUAUCGAAAAACUUUUAUCAAAUGGCGCACCUGUAAAUUUGCAAGAUAAGAGUGGUAUGACUCCUCUCCAUCAUGCUAUUGAUGGAAGAAAUUAUGAAUUAAUUGAAAUUCUCCUAUCACAUGGAGCAGAUAUAACUAUAAAAAAUAAGGAUAAACUAAAUCCUGUAAGUUACGCAGCAAAAUAUGGACCGUAUAAAAUGAAUGAAUUCAUUAUUUCGCAUAGCCAUCAUUAUGAUAAAAAAGAAAAUAAAAAUGACCCUUCUGAAUUGCCAAUGGAUGAAUUAUAG